AUGGCCCCGGUGCCUGCCGCCGCCGUCGGCUUGAGCCUGUCGGAGCUCUGGCAGCUGCUGCAGCAUGACCGGCGCCGGCUGGUUGCGUGCAUCGCCGUCACCUUUGUCUCCGUGGCCACCGCCGUGCUGGUGGCUCCCUCCCUGGGCCGAGUGGUGGACAUCAUCAGCCGCGGCAGCGCCGCCACGCCCCGCGAGCUGGGGCUGGCUGUUGGCCGCCUGGGCGCGGUGUACGUUGUCAGCAACACCUGCCUGGCUGUGGCCCUGUCGCUGGCGCUGGGCGAGGGGUUGGCGCACCGCCUGCGCUGCCGCCUGUUUGGCGCGCUGCUGUCGCGUGACACGCUGUUCUUUGACCAAGUGCGGACGGGCCAGAUGGCUGCCUGGCUGGGCCAGGACGUGGAGGUCCUGCAGAGCACGGUGGCCAAGCUGCUGGGCGCACGCGGCAUCCGCAGCGCCUUUGAGACCAUCGGCAUCAUCAUCGUCCUCUUCACCCUCUCCUGGCCCCUGGCUGUGGUGCUGCUGGUGUCGGCGCCGCUGCUGACGCCCCUCAUCACCCGCCUCUCCGCCUCCAUCGGAGCAGCCUCCAAGGCCUCCCAGGCCGCCGCCGCCAACGUGUCUGCCGCCGCGGACGAGAUCGUGGAGAACAUGCGGGUGGUGAAGCUGUUUGCGCAGCAGCAGCGGGAGCUGCGCCGCUUUGACACGCUGCUCAACGGCGCACACCAGCUGGCGCUCAAGGUGCUGCGCCUGCAGGCGGUGCUGGAUGGGUCAAGCCGCCUGCGCAACACGCUGUGCGUGCUGGCCACGCUGGGCCUGGGUGCCUACAUGGCUCUCCACUCGGCCGUCUCCCUGGGCACCUGCUACAGCUUCUUUGUCUUCAGCUUCAGCUUUGCCUUUUCGCUGGGCAACCUGACCAACACGGUUGGCGACGUGGCGAGGGCGGCGGGCGCCAUCAACCGCGCCAUGCAGGCGAUGCAGCAGGCGCUGGGCACAGACACGCCCGAGGCGGCGGCGGCGCUGCCAGAUGGCUGGCGGGCAGACAUUGAGUUCCGGGGCUGCAAGUUCAGCCACCCUGGCUGGGCGGGAUGGACCUUGCAAGACAUCAGCUUCCGCAUCCCCGCUGGGAAGACCGUGGCACUCGUGGGACCCAGCGGCGAAGGCAAGAGCACCGUGGCCAGCAUGCUGAUGGGGCUGUACAAGCCGGGGCAGGGCGAGAUCCUGGUGGAUGGCAUGCCGCUCAGCCAGCUGGACAUGCAGUGGUGGCGCCGGCAGCUGGGCGUGGUGAUGCAGUCGCCAGGGCUGCUGACGGGGCGCAUCGCCGACAUCAUCCGCUACGCCCGGCCCGAUGCCUCGGACGCAGAGGUGGAGUGGGCUGCUCGCGCGGCGCAGGCCGACGCCUUCAUUGCCGCCCUGCCCCGCGGCUACCAGACCGUCAUCGGCAGCGGGAGCGGCAUGGAGCUGAGCGGCGGGCAGCAGCAGCGGCUGGCCAUUGCCAGGGCGCUGCUGGCGCGUCCACGGGUGCUGAUCUUCGACGAAGCAACGUCGGCGUUGGAUGUGGAGACGGAGCAGGGCGUGACGCAGGCGCUGGAGGCGGCGGGGAAGGGCGUGACCUCCCUCAUCAUUGCGCACCGCCUCAGUACCGUGCGGCGUGCCGACGUAAUUGUGGUGGUGGCCGAGGGCAGGGUGGUGGAGCAGGGCACCCAUGAGGAGCUGAUGCGGCGCCAGGGAGGCUGCUGGACCCUGGCGAACACUGCGGAGAGCAAUGGCCAGGACUUGUGGGAUUUGCCGGCCCCAUCGGUGGCCGCUCCACCCCAGGCGGCCGACGAGGGUGAGCAGCCGAUGGCGCAUGAGCUGGCGGCCGCUUGA